AGUUCUCAGCGCAAACUCAGUCGUUAGUUCUCCCAGCUCUUAACUCAACUGGAGCAAUGGCCCGUGCUGGUGUUUGCGUCCUCCUCGCCGCUGUCGCGGGUUUUGCCUUCUGGCUCUUGCCCGGCGUUUCCUUCGUGCAGGCACCCCAGCGACAGAUCGAGCCUGCGGUGGUGGCUGGUGCGGCGGUUGUGGCAAGCGUGCCGCUGGGGGCAGAUGCGUUUGUCUACAAGGGCAAGGAGUACUUCGAUGUGUUCUAUGGCAUUGAGCCUCUGGCAUGGGCCACCUGCGGUUUCGCCAUUGUCUACUACGGAGCCUUGCUGAAGAACGCAGCGCAGAAGUACAACAAGCCCGCAUCCUUGAGCCCGCCACCCAAGAUCGGUGGCUUUCGCGGCAAGGAGGUGGAGAACAGCGAGCCCAACUACAAGGCUUGAGCUCAGACAAGAGUCGCUUGCAAGAUUGUUGGGGCCAGGGGGCAGCAAUGCUUGUGCCCAUGUUGGGCUCACGCUAGCAUCGCCCGUCUUGGAGUCUCAGCGUCUUUUUGGACAGUUUCCCACUAGUCACAGCAGACAGAAGAAGAAUCUGAGCUUGUGGGC